AUGGCAGCCUACUUGAGCCGAUUGCACCAUAUUUCACUUCACGUUUCCAACGUGAAUAAACUAUCUUACGACCUUGUUUCAAAAUUUCAGUUUAAUCUCUUCGCUGUGAGAAUAACCGACAAAGCAAAGCAGCUCGCUUUCCGCAAAGGAUCCGCUAUAUUCCUCGUUAACGAGCGAUCAAAUGAGCCUAAGCAGAAACUGAACGAACAGUUCUGUCCUAACAUCUCUCCUUCAAAUCAAGAAACCUGGAAUCAUAUGAAACUUAGAGAAUCGCGAUCUGCUGACCACGAUGUUAAUAAAUGUUUCUACGACGUGCAGGCUCCCUAUUCGGUGGAUAGCGCCUGUAAUGUAUGUUUCGAAGUUGAUGAUGUUGAGAGGUCAUUUUCCUCUCUGCGCGAUCAAGGCUGUGAUAUCCUGGUGCCUCCAACACAAGUACAGGACGACUGGGGGCACGUCACCUACUCCGUCGUAAAGUCCAUCGUAGGAAAUGUUUUCCACACGCUCAUCGACAGGACUAAAUAUGAGGGUAACUUCUUACCCGGGUUUAACGAGUAUGUAACUGUAAGCGAUGAAGACGUACAAAAUGCGAAGGACGAACAGUGUCCGGUGACGCAUUUUGACCACAUCACGUUUGCGUGCCCGAGACGCAGUGCGAACGAAGUCAUGCGCUGGUAUGAGAAUAACUUCAGCUUCAAGAGGUUCUUCAUUGGCAGUAACGAGGACGUGGAGGAAGGAUUCGUGAUGAACCAGGAUGGCAUCGGUCUGCGUUUGACUGCUAUGGAGUACUGGAAAUGCAGCGAGACUGGAAUCAAGCUCGCUUUCAAAGACAAAAAUGAGCCACAUUGCAAAUUCGUCAUCGCAGAAUCGCUACCCGAGCAGGGCAGAAACCAGGUGGAUACGUUUCUAGAGCAGCACAGGGGUCCUGGGAUCCAGCAUGUUGCCCUGUUCACGGAGAACAUUGUGUCUACGGCACACGUCAUGGCAGAAGCUGGAGUCCAGUUCUUCUCGCCACCUCCAGCCUACUAUACUGAGGUUGGGAAGCAGCAGGAGAUCGAGGAGGCGGGGCAUGACCCAAAAAAGCUAAAGCGGCAUGGCAUCCUAUUGGAUACAGACUUGUACAUGCGCAACAAGUACAGGAGCAUGCCUAGUGAGAGGGUUGCCAGCAGGUACCUGCUCCAGCUGUUUACAAAACCUAUUUUCUCUGAGGACACCUUCUUCCUGGAGCUGAUCGAGCGGAGAGGGGCCAGUGGGUUUGGUGAGGGAAAUAUCCGUGCCUUGUGGAGAUCUGUUCAGUUGUAUAUGGAUUGUGAUAGGCAUGAACAACAUUGAGUGGACUCAGAGAUUCAAAACAAGCAAACAACCAGUCAAUAGUCACUGCCAGUCAGAUCACUGAUUGGCUAUUGGGAUUGUCAGAUAUGCAACAUGAAUUUAUACUUGCAGAAUUUCCUGCUGUAAAAACACUGGCACUUAAGAUGAACAUUAAACAUCAUUUUAUGGGAUUCUGUUGAA